CAUGCGCAGUCGCACAGUUUCACGUAUCCGAAGUAAAUAAAUCCAGAAAAUGACAAUUAUUUUUGGUUUUAUUGAGUUUUAUGAUACCAUGUUAUGCCGUACCAUAGAAAUAAGUUUUGACUAUGCCAAGAUCCCGAAAUAGCAGAAGUGCUAGCCCCCAGAAAUCCGUGUCAGCGGAAAGUAUUGUGGAAUUUGAACACAGAAAAACUUUGCAAAAUGUCCAUGAUAUUUUUUGCGAGGCAAUCGAUGCUGAUGUCAUUCGAUUGGUUUUGCAGGAGUGUAGUUGGAGAGAGGAGGAGGCAGUUGAGAAACUGUUGAUGAUUGCUGAAAGUUAUGAGGAACAGAGAAAAUACAAGAGCAAACUUCACAGAAUUGCCGAGGGAGUGUUUGGGUCUCUCCGCUCAGAGGAUUAUGGACACAAUUCCAUCAUUACAGCGGCCUCUAGCUUAUCUCCUUCAGAGAAAGUUAUCAGGAGACCAUCAAAGCCAGCUGCAAGUGCUGACAAGAGCAGCACAAACACUUCCAAGCUUCAUCCUGUUGGGUCUUCCGAACAGCUGCUUGCCAGGGGCUUGGCACCAACAUUUUAUUUGUCUGGAGCUCAAGGCAGUGGGAAUUCCACAGUGGACGAAAUUGAAAUGGAUCUGCAUUUUCCACAGUUACCAACAAAAUCAUCCGAAACUAAUCUCUCCAGUGCUUCUUCAUCAGUAAGCAGUCAGAAAUCACACACUGAGCAAGCAAAAACUCCAUCAUCAUCAAAAACAGCACUUCUGUCUCAGGCACAAAGUGCGUUUAAUCAGCAGUUUGACGAUGCUGAAGGAACACAGAGAUGGGAACAAUAUAAACAGAAGUUGAGUGAACAUUAUUUAGUUAACUUGACAAAAGAAAAACCUGGUGGUACCAGCAAAGCUCAGAGUCCAAGUUCCGACUCCAAACAAUCACAGUCCUUCCCUGAUGAUCCAGCUAUUCUGCAGGCAGAAUUGGAAAGUCCAAGGUCUGAUAAGGUCAUUCAGAAAGAAAUUGAAAGACCAAGAUCUGAAACAAGUCGUAAUUUUCCUGUGCGACUGUUAAGUAGAAGUCCGGAUACUGUUGAGGAUGAUGUACAGGUACCUGACUUAAUCUCAGGACAGAAUGCCAAUUUUCCGUAUGCUUAG